UCAUGCACCCUCUCACACUCAUAACACGCUGCAGGCUUUGGAGACACACUUUCAUUCCUCCGUUGAUAAAUCCAUGAAUCCAUACAUCCAUCCAUCCAUACAGUACCUGUCUGGAGCUUUCCUUCUCUCUCGUGUUGGAUUUACGGACUCAUCUUGUUGAAAGGAAAUCAGACCACUUUCAUUAUUCGGAUAUUGUCGUAUUUCUUUCCAAUUGUUGUUCGAAUCAACCUGGAGAGGAGAGCAGCGACAAAAAGGCUUUAUUUGACGAGGCGAGCUCCCAAACAUCUCUUUGUAUUUCUGACUGCCCGUCCAACCAUGAGGAGGUACUGUCGCGUCCGGCCUCUCGCCGUGCUCGCCGCUCUGCUGCUGUCUCAGGUCUGUUCCGGCAUCAAGUGGCUAGCCCUAUCGCACACACCCAAGACAUUACACAUCAACCAGACCCAACACUGUAAGCUGCUGCCCGGCCUGGUGUCCUCCCAAGCUCAGCUGUGCCGCAGCAACAUGGAGCUCAUGCAAACCAUCGUCCAAGCGGCCCGAGACGUCAAGAAAACAUGUCAAAAGACCUUUGCUGAUAUGCGCUGGAACUGCUCCUCCAUUGACAUUCCCGUUGAUGCCUCAAAGUAUCGUCCGGACCUCGACCGAGGAACAAGAGAAACUGCGUUCGUGUAUGCCUUGUCUGCUGCCACCAUCAGCCACACCAUCGCCAGAGCGUGCACCUCUGGAGAUUUGCGACUGUGCUCGUGCGGUCCAAUUCCGGCUGAGAUCCCCGAGCCCGGCUAUCGCUGGGGGGGCUGCGCUGACAACCUGCACUACGGUUUAAUGAUGGGCUCCAAGUUUGCGGACGCUCCCAUGAAGAUGAAACGUGCAGGGUCUCACGCCAACAAACUGAUGCAUCUUCACAAUAGCGAAGUGGGGAGACAAGUGCUAAGACAGGCAUUGGUGAUGAAGUGUAAAUGUCAUGGCGUAUCCGGUUCCUGCUCCAUAAGAACCUGCUGGAGAGGCCUGCAGGAUCUUAGAGAGAUCGCUAUGGACCUGAAGACCAAGUACCUGUCGGCAACUAAGGUGGUGCACCGACCCAUGGGGACACGAAAACAGUUGGUACCCAAAGACAUUGACAUCCGACCUGUGAGAGAGAACGAGCUUGUCUACCUGCAGAGCUCCCCGGACUUCUGCACCAAAAACGAAAAACAGGGUUCUGUUGGCACACAAGACAGGCAGUGUAACAAAACCUCGCUGGGCAGCGACAGCUGUGACCUGAUGUGCUGCGGCCGUGGCUACAACCCGUACAGCGAGAAGUUGGUGGAACGCUGCCAUUGCAAGUACCACUGGUGUUGCUACGUCACUUGCAGGAAGUGCGAGAGGAUCGUGGAGAGAUACGUCUGCAAAUGAGUGGACCUCACCAAACCGCAUUGGAACCAAAGCACUACAAAAAACCAAGAAGGCAAACUAGCCUUCAGCUUUAGCAUGUGUAUUUCACCGUGACAUGGUCUAAGUUUUUUGUCAUCAUCACUUUAGUAGCCAAUCUCCAAACUGCCUGUCUGGUUUCCACCGGACUUGGAGAGUGACGACAGUUUAUGUGAAGACCACCGUCCUCCUGGGUAGUUGCUUUCUCUUGUUAAUGACCAUGAAUUCCCCCAACGGGGAUGAGGGAAGUCUAUUUUAUUGUAGCUCUAAUAAAAAGUAAUAAUAUUGGAUUUUUAUGCUGGAGGAGAAGGAUGGUCUCCCUUCUGGACAGAGACUUAUGUUUGGCUUCAUUCCUCGCAAAUGGAAGGGAUUUGUUGGACUCGCGGGACUUUUUUUUUUUUUUUUUUUUUGGUACAGUUGACACUUUUUCCUUCUGCAUGAACGGACCGGAGAGGAAAAGGAAACAUAAAGGGAACUUAAAGUACUUUUUCAAACACUUUGGACUGACAUGGUCCUGCAUGUUUCUCCACAUGUAUGACUUGACUUUAUCCCUGUGGACUGAAAGGAGAGCAUAAAGGACUUGCAGAUUUAUCAUCCUUGCAGCCAGUUCAAAUUGUAUUCUAUUUUUAGAGCAUAUGAACGAAUGGAUUUUGUUAAACCACUUUUGUGUGGAUGUACAUACUCUUAUUUUGUAUACUGGAAUAAAGAUGAGUAUUUAUAAAAUGAUUCAAUGGUUAUUACAUUGC